AUGGCGAAACCAAAAGUCACCCCCCCUGAUCUGCUAUUGUUCGUCGCUUCAAUAUGACCAAUAGCAGUGAUAGGAGGGGUGGCACCCCUGCCACCUCACUCCUAUCCCUUCAGGGGGAUCAUGGGUGUCUUGGACAACCCCGAUCCCCCUUAUUUUCCGGGUCACCACAGACCUGUAUGACCCGGAAUUGCGCAAAUCGCUGGUGUGAACUCACCAGCGAUUUGCUGCGAUCACCGACAUGAUGACCCCCUUGGGCAUUUGCGCGGGGUGCCUGCUGAUCGAAAUUCCCACGGCCGUACAUGUACGUCAUGGUUCCUGAACAGGUUAAUGUUAUGUGAUAAUAAAAUUGGAUUUUAUUUUUGACUCAAUUAAGUGUAAGCUCUACAUUUCUUUGGUGUACAAGGAAUGUUAAAGAUCAUAUGGUGAAGAGUCAUUUUCUGGCCAGCGUAGGAGGUUCCCGGCUGAGGUCUCCGCCCACAAGGUCUUUCAGAAAGUAAAAGGAAUGAAUAACCCAAUUGAUGGAUAGGCGGGCCUUCUCUCUAAAACAUAGGGCUAGCUCCGGCAUGUCUCAUUCAUUCCAGCUCCAGCCACCACAGUGACCAGAUCCACAGGACUUCUUAAAGCUAAUACAGACUGCAAAUCUGAUAAAUACCAAAGCCUGUGAGUAAGGAAUUGCUAGUUAUCUUGUGUAGAGAGAUGCUCGGCAUUUGUAGAUAGAUAAUGUGUUUUCAGUGUGUAGUAAGUGAGCACAUGUUAGACUAUCUAUGUAUUAGCUAUGCAUAAUGUAAGGCACUUGAAUAGCCAUGCUUAUAUCUGUCUUUCAUAUGUUUGUUUUACAGUUUUACCGCACUUUCAUUAUAUCUCAGUAAAGAUUACAUCAGUUAAGCAAACCAGCGUGUCUUUCCUUGAGAUUCGGUAUAAACUUGAUGUGAAGCUGUGUCCACGAGACAGCGGAGACAUUAUAGUAAAAAGGCUUUUAAAACGUUAUCAGAAGCAGUUAAUCAGCUUUGAAUCGUCUGCAACAGUAAAAAAGACUCAUAAAUCCUGUGCCCUGCAGUCUGUGUCGGAGUAAGGGCGCGAAGCACUAGAAAGUGAAACUAAUUCUCUCACGUGCUAUAACACCGCUGUGCUGUGUCCAGUCAUCAUCAUUAUCUGCGCUGCCAGCUAAAUCAAGAUGCAGAACCCAGAGAACAGCACUCUGACAGUUAACCCUCAAUGCUCCUAUAAAGAGGAAGACACCUUGCAAAGAAGUAGAUCUAGGUGCACAACAUUGUCUAGAGCGUCCAGUCAAACAAAUCUAACUUCGGUUAGCGCCGAUGCAUCAAGAUUUAAACGCCAUAGUUCUAGACACUCAAGCACCACCAGCCUGUCAUCCGCUAGCGCCAUAGCAACUAAGGCAAGAGCGAAAGCAGAGGCAGCUUGUGCAAUGGCGUCCUAUGCAAAGCAGGAAGCUGAAUUGAUGAAAGAACAAGCUGAAGCACUUAGAAGAAAAGCUGAAGUGCAAGCAUCUUUACACUUACUGCAACAGCAGAAAAACGCUGCAGCAGCCUUAGCCGAGGCAGAAGUUCUCACAAGGGCUGCCGAAGCUCAGUUCGCUGACAUAGAAACCCAGAUGUCACCCCUCAGCGCAAGCCAACGUACCCGUGAGUACAUACAGUCACAAGCAACCAUGUACACUGACCAGCAGUUCAAUGACACAUCAAGGCCAUCAUUGACUCCACCAGCAAUAAGCAACUUUGAUUAUACGCAACACUGCAAGACUGAAUCAGAACCUCAGGGUAGGAAGUCAAGUGGUCACAUCCUCAGAGACCAAUCUGCCAACCUGACAAGAGUGCAAACGGAUGCUGAUGUACUCCCUCCUCAAGCAAAUACAAGUCUGGAUUAUAGCAGAAAGACUUACAACAGAGGAGAAGAAAGCAGACUUAGUCAAGUACCUCAUCAGCCUUACCAGCCGCAGCCAUACCCUGAGUUUACACCCAGGAAGUAUUCACCAGAUGCAGCAAGAGCUACAGAGGUAGCAAGAUUCCUGAUGCGCCGUGAGAUAGUGAGCGCUGGUCUCAUGAAAUUCGAUGACCGUCCAGAAAACUACUGGGCCUGGAAGUCAUCUUUCCUAAGCGGUACCCAAGACUUAGAUCUGACAGACAGAGAAAAGCUUGAUCUGCUCGUCAAAUGGCUAGGACCAGAGUCCACUGAGCAAGCCCAAAGAAUCAGAUCAGUACAUGUUCAUGACGCAGCAGCAGGACUUGCAAUAGUGUGGAGGAGACUAGAACACUGCUAUGGGUCACCUGAAGUGAUUGAAGAUGCUCUUCUGAAGAGGAUAGAAAACUAUCCAAGAAUGACAAACAAAGACAAUCAAAAGCUGAGAGGGUUUGGGGACCUACUCUUAGAAAUAGAAGCCGCUAAGUCUAGUGGAUAUCUGCCAGGUCUCUCAUACUUAGAUACAGCACGUGGAGUUGAUCCCAUAAUCGAGAAACUUCCUUUCAACUUGCAGGAAAGGUGGGUCACUCAAGCAUCAAGAUACAAGAAAGAACAACGAGUCGCAUUUCCAUCAUUUGCCUUCCUUGCUGAAUUCAUCGUAGAUCAAGCUGAAACACGCAAUGAUCCAAGCUUUGCUUUCCUGAACAAGAGAACUGCAAGCUCCCCAAAGGUAGAGCAAAAACAUCCAACGCCUUACAAAGAACGCAGAGCAACAGUUUCUGUACGUAAGACAGAAGUCUCGCCUGAGUCUGCAGUCAAUCAGGAAGACAACACAAGUAAGAAAGUUGAGGAGCCAGACAAAAUAUGUCUAAUCCACAACAAGCCUCAUCCACUAAGAAAAUGUCGCAGUUUCAGAAGUAAGACGUUAGAAGAGCGCAAAGCUUACCUUAAAGACAAUCACAUUUGUUUCAGAUGUUGCGGUUCAAUUCAGCAUCUUGCAAAAGACUGUACAAAAACAAUAAAAUGCACAGAGUGCAACAGUGAUAAACACCUGUCAGCACUGCACCCAGGACCACCACCAUGUAAACAAGAAGUUCCAGCAACUCAAGAAGAUCAUGGUGGGGAGCAAGGCGAGAGUACAACGCCAACAGUAACCUCAAAGUGUACUGAGAUCUGUACAGAGCAGGGCCGCCCCAGAUCAUGUUCCAAGAUAUGCUUAGUCAAGGUGUAUCCUGCAGGCUUCAGAGAAAAAGCAAUCAAGAUGUACACAGUCUUGGAUGAACAGAGUAACAGAUCUCUGGCAAAAACAGAGUUCUUUGACCUCUUCGGUGACAAAGGAAGUCCAACUCCAUACACCCUGAAGACUUGUUCUGGAGUUGUAGAGACAACAGGGAGAAGAGCAAACAACUACAUCAUUGAGUCAUUAGAUGGAAAGACAAAGGUGACUCUUCCUACCCUCAUAGAAUGUGAUGAGAUACCAGACGACAGGUCAGAGAUCCCACACCUGAAGUUGCUCGUCAUCACCCCCAUCUGGUGCGAAUAGCAGACCAGAUACCAGCACUAGAUCCAGAUGCUGCAAUCAUCCUUCUACUUGGGAGAGAUAUCCUCAAAGUGCACAAAGUCAGAGAACAGUACAAUGGGCCACACAAUGCACCAUUUGCACAACGCCUUGAUCUCGGAUGGGUCAUCGUUGGAGAAGUAUGUCUAGACGGACUCCACAAACCAGAAAAGGUAAAUGUCUACAGAACACAUCUGUUACAGAAUGGUCGUACAUCUUGUCUUUGCCCAUGUACCAACAGUCUACACAUUAAAGAGAGACUUGUAAACCCAACACAUCAUCCGAGUAUCCAGAGGUGCAU